UUUUUUGGUCAAUUAUUCAGUGAAGCUAUUAAGAUUCUUUCUUCAAACUAGAAGCUCUAAAACCCCCAAACCCUAAUCGUUAGAAACUCUAGCCAGUUACUGGAGCAACUUUGAGAAGAAAACCUUGAAAAUGGACCUGGAUGAUUUAGGAGAGCUCGACGGUUCAAGUCAGGUCAAUACUCGAACCACCAAAUUCGCGCCCAAAUCUUCCAAAUUCGCACCCAAGCUCAAACCGACGUCUAAGACGAAGCGCGAACCGUCUUCCAAACAGGAGCCUCAAGACUCCGAACCGAAACCCCAACCACAACCGCCGCCACCUGCGGAAUCGGUUUCGAAAAAGAAAGAAAACGAGGAUGAGGAUUUAAAACCACCGGUGGUUGCUGAACUGAAAGCCGAACAACCGAUAUCAAACGGCGCGAUGAAGAUGGAGGUCGAUGGGAAAACUAAAGAUGAUGAGAUCUUGAGCGAAGCCAACAAAGUUGAAGAUCAAGAAAAAGAAGAUGACGAAGAUAUGGUUGUUCGCGAAAUCGACGUCUUAUUCACUCCUUCUAUUGGCGCCGACGCUCAGUUAUAUGUUCUGCAAUAUCCUUUAAGACCUUGCUGGCGACCAUACGAAUUAGAAGAACGAUGCGAGGAGGUAAGGGUGAAACCAGCUAGUGGGGAAGUUGAAAUUGACAUGUCUGUCGAUCUUGAUUCGGCCAAUUAUGAUAGUGAAAGUGAUAAAAAAAUGAAGAUGACAAAGCAGACUUUAUCUCCUUCAUGGCUACCAUCACGCUCAGCUGGUUAUGCUGUUGGAGUUUUAAUGGGUGAUAAGUUGCACCUAAAUCCUAUCCAAGCAGUUGUUCAGCUCCGACCAUCGCUGGAACAUCUCAACUCCGGAGUUUCUAAAAGAAAGAGCACAGUGGCUGCCAAUGCAGAAGUUACUGUUAUAGAAGAACAAAAUGAUGGAAAAGCAGUUGGUCCAUCAACCAAGCAGAACAAGAAAAUACAGUCCCCAGCUGAGCAAAGAGCAGAAGAUAAAGAGUGUUGGGUUCCUCUCAAGUAUCAUAGCUCCAAGAGUGAUUUCUCUGCCCAGUAUCUGCAUAGAAUGAUGGCAGAACAAAGCUGUCUAAUUGAGUUUACCAUGAGCCCGCAUGAUUAUGUUGACUCCUUGUGUCCUUUACCAAGCAGCAGCACUAAAUCACAAGGUCCAUCCAGAAGGUUUUUGCUUUCAAUUCCACUGGAAGAACGUUUGAAGACAUUAUUGACUAAGGGACCAUCUUUGCACCGAUUCAGCGCUCUCAGAUCCUAUGCUGAAGAUGUCCCAAUUGAAGAAUUCUUUGAAGUCCUUCAGAAGCAUGCUCUAUUAGUGCAGGGACUCUGGGUUCUGAAGAGUUCGUUAUUGUUUCCAGAGGAUCCGUCUAAAUCUUUAGCCCGAGACUACAUUCUUCUCUUAUUUAGUAAGAACCCAUUAAUAAGUUCUUCAGAAAUAGAUGUCCUUUCCACAAGUCGCAAAGAAGAAGUGAAAGGCAUUCUGAAAAUUUUAGCCGUUGAAAGGAAGGCCUUCAAAGAUUGGAAGUUAAAGUGGGAUGUCGAUGACAAAUUCAGAAAACAAUAUCCAGAUAUUGUUAAGAAACAAGAAAAUAUUUGGAAAUCUGGAGAACACAAUGUAAUUAGUCAUAUUUGUCGAGGUGCAAGAGGUGGCCCUAGUAGAACAAAGCCUGGCACAGUCAUAAAGCAAGAAAAAGCAGUGAACUCUGAUAAAGUUGCAAGAAAGGGUGCAGCUGGAGCACAAGCUGGGAGGACAAUGUCUGAUGAAACACGAGAAGCUAUUCCAAAGGCGCUGAAAAAAGUGUUUCAAACUUACAAAGUUUGCAGCUUGCAACUGAUUCGCAAGGGUCUACGGGAUUUGGCACUUUCUGAGUCCACCCUUCCCAAGGCAGAUGCUAGACUGGUAGUUAAGGCAGCAUUUGGUGCUGACGCACCUGAGCAUGAGCUCCAGGAAGUCGUAAGUCAAGUUGCAGUAGAACUUCCUCGUGGUCUUUUUGUUAUGAAUUCAUCCCAAGAGAAUCGAGAAUAUGAUCCAUUGAGGGAAGUUGUGAUUAAUCUUCUUCGUGUGAAAGAAAAGCUCAAGAAGGCUGAUGUUGAAGCUGCAGCCCUUCUUAGUCUCAAGAGGAAAAUUACUAAUAAUGAAUAUAAUAAGGUAAUGAGUGAUUUUGCGAGUACAAGGGUAACUCGUGGGUAUUGAAAAGUGGUGAUGGGAAGCCUAACUAAUUUUCAACACUUGUUCAUGGGGAUUGCUGAAGAAAAUCAGGGCAAAAGGGACGGUAAUUAAUCUUGAAAUAUAUAUAUAUAAAUAGUUUUAUGAUGGCAUGUAUAGCUUUAUCUUUAUUUAAAUUAGUUUUAGCGAUGAAUUGAUAGGUAGGCCAAUUUUCAUGGGAUGGAAAUAUACGUAUUUGUUCUCAAUGAUAUUUUGGUGUUAUUCGCAGCCUUUUUCCUCUUUGGUAAA